AUGGGUCUGGUAUACAACGUCUACCUUACUGCCAGCAAGAUCUUCGGGUGCAAGAAAUGCAAAACCCAUCUUGCGGAUUAUGACGAUAUUAUUAGCCGGAAUUUCCGGGGGCAACAUGGCAAAGCCUACCUAUUCAACAAUGUCGUCAACAUUACCCAGUCCGAAGCGGUGGAGCGUAGCAUGACCACCGGAAGGCAUAUCGUCCGUGACAUUAACUGCAGGCAGUGCAGGGAAACGGUGGGCUGGAAGUAUGACAAAGCAUACGAGACCAGCGAGAAAUACAAAGAGGGCAAAUUUAUUCUGGAAGAAGAACUCCUCUGCGUGGUGUGUUAG